AUGUAAUAAGUUGAAUAAUUUCAAGUGAAAUUUGAAAAAGUCAUCGGACGAGGAGCUUUUGGGUAGAUUUUUUAGGGGGAAAUCGAUGUUAGUAAAGUUGUUGCCCUCAAAGUCUAAGAUAGAAUAACUGAACAUGAGAAGCAGAUUUUAACUGCACUUAAAGGGAAUUAAUUUGAUCAUAUCAUUGAAGUGAUUGCUUUUGAAGAAAACAACAAAGGAGUUUUCACGGUUAUGGAACUCGGACAAUGCUUGUAAUUACAAAAUCAAUCUGAUAAAAGAAGGAUUUGUUUGGAAGUAUACAAUAUUAAAUAUCUUAGAUGUCUAAAGGGGUUGCAUAAUUACAUAAAUUAAGAUUUUUUCAUAGAGAUUUAAAACCAGAUAAUUUUGUAUUAGGAUAAGAUAAUAAAAUCAAAUUGAUAGAUUUUGGAAUUUCAAAAACAAUUGAAUCUAUAACUUAAUCUCGAAUGCAAGGAACAUCAAAAUAUAUGGCUCCAGAAGUUGUUGCAUGCACAGAUUAUGAUUCUUCUGUUGAUAUUUGGUCUUUGGGAAUAUUGUUUUAUGAAGUAUUUACAAAUGAAUAAUUUUUUGCAAAAUUUGAAGAGUCUGAUAUGAUUCAAAUAAUUCAAGAAGUUCAGCAAAUAUAAAUCAAUUAAAAAAUAAGAGGAUAAAAAUAAUUAGAAUAAUGGUAAAAAGAAUUAUUAUAAAAAAUGAUUGUUCAAAAAUUGGAUGAAAAUUUACAGUUGGUCUAGUCUAUAGAAAGAAUAAGUAUAGAUGAAGUAAUUCAAGUGCUUGAAAAACAUGAUGAAUCAAUUAUUCAAGACAAUAUUGAAUUAAAGCAGGAUAAAUAACAUAAUUAGGUUGGUCUUAACUUCAUUAACUAAUUUAUUUUAUACCAUUAUACUAUGCUUCUUCAGUUAAUGUAAACAUUAAAAAUAAAAAUACCAUAAUACUUUUUGUAGAUUAGCAAUUUUAUUCUACUUAUGAUCUCCAACAUUAAAUUAUGGCUUUUUAAUAUUUAGCAUUCUUUAUUAAUCUGUAUCAAAGAGGAGUAAUAAAAGAAUGACUAAUUAAUUUAAUCAAACAUAAAUGAAAUACAGAAUUAUUUAAAACCUUAUAUAGAGCUCUAUUUGUAUCUAUACCCUAUAUUAAAAGUAGCUUAUUAAAAAUGUUUACACUAUUUACAAGUAGUUUAUUAAGCUGUAAUGUAUUUUUUCAAAAUAGUUGUAAAAAUCCCAGUAGUGAUCAUACUUGUAAAUUACAAUUUCGGAGUAAUGCUUUUAAAAAGAUGUUAUCUAAUUAUUUAGUUAUUUAAAAGAUUUUAAAUCAUUAUUAUUUAUUAAUUAAUAAAUGUAUCUAAACCUAAAUAAUACCCUAUUGCGCUAUUAAUUGGGGAAGCUGGUGUUGGUAAAACAAAAUUGUACAAUCAAAUUAAUGAUUCAGAAACCUUGUAAUAUGAAAUUAUAGAGACAAGUUCUUUUGAUUUUUAACAUAAUUAUGAAUAAAGGGAAAAGCAAAUAACAGAAUUUUAAGAUAUAUUUUAUAGUAAACCAAAUAAAGUGGCUACAUUAUUCUUGGUUGUAAAAUUUCAAGAGCUUCAUUUAAUGAAAAGAUCAAUAUUGAAUAUUUAUCCUUACUUCAAGAAGUUUUAGAGUUAAAUAACCCUUGUUGUUACUCAUUUUGAUUUAAGUGAUGACUAGAAAUAAGAUAAAAUUGAUUUAUAAAUAGCAUUAAAAUUGUUUAAAGUAAAGUCCAUUUUAUUUGUUGGUCAGAAAACAUCGAAAUAAGAAUUAAUAGCUUAAAUAAGAGCUUCAGAUUGUUUAAUUCCAAUUGGAGAAGGCUAUUAAUUUGAUUUAUCUGAUACAAUAUUUGAACAGUUUCACAAAUAAAAUCGAUAGGAAGUUAUGAAUGCUUAAUAAGAGUUGAUUGAAUGA